CUCCUUUGAGAAAGUAACCGCAGUAUGUUUGAACAAUUGCAUGUCUAAGCGGCCGGUCCAAGCGCUGCUGUUCGUUUCCUUUCUGUUGGAGGUUUUCCAUCACUCAUCUGGCAAUGUCUUUCCCUUUAAGACAGCCUAGCUCACCUGAAGGUGUAGCUCGCUCACCUGGCUCAGGUGGUUGCAAAACUCAGUCGAAGAGGAGGAAGUAAGUCGGCGCGAUAGUAUGUCGGCCUCAGCAAUUUUCAUCCUUGACUUGAAAGGCAAGCCACUAAUCAGCCGCAACUAUAAAGGAGAUGUCAGCAUGUCGGAGAUUGAUUACUUCAUGCCACUCUUCAUGCAAAAGGAGGAAGAGUGCGACCUGACCCCAGUCCUCUCCCAUGGAAAGGUUCACUUCCUUUGGAUAAAGCAUAGCAACAUAUACUUGGUGGCCAUCACCAUGAAGAAUGCCAAUGCCUCACUGGUAUAUUCCUUUCUCUAUAAAGUGGUUGAGGUUUUUUCUGAAUACUUCAAGGAGCUGGAGGAAGAGAGCGUCCGUGACAAUUUUGUCAUUGUGUAUGAGCUACUGGAUGAGCUGAUGGACUUUGGGUUUCCUCAGACGACAGAUAGUAAAAUUUUGCAGGAGUACAUCACUCAGCAGGGCAACAAACUGGAGAUAGCUAAAUCCCAGGUUCCAGCCACUGUCACCAAUGCAGUCUCUUGGAGAUCGGAGGGGCUUAAAUACAAGAAGAAUGAGGUCUUCAUUGAUGUCAUUGAAUCUGUUAACCUGUUGGUUAAUGCCAAUGGGAGUGUCCUGCUGAGUGAGAUAGUGGGUUCCAUUAAACUGAAGGUGUUCCUUUCUGGUAUGCCAGAGCUACGCCUGGGCCUCAAUGACAGGGUCCUUUUUGAGCUCACAGGACGUGGAAAAAAUAAAUCUGUAGAACUCGAGGAUGUCAAGUUCCACCAGUGUGUGCGACUAUCACGUUUUGACAAUGAUCGUACUAUUUCCUUCAUUCCACCUGAUGGAGAUUUUGAGCUUAUGUCAUAUCGCCUGAGUACACAGGUGAAACCUCUCAUCUGGAUUGAAUCUGUCAUUGAGAAGUUCUCUCACAGUCGAGUGGAGAUUAUGGUUAAGGCAAAGGGCCAGUUCAAAAAACAAUCAGUGGCCAAUGGUGUGGAGAUAAGUGUGCCUGUCCCAAGUGAUGCUGACUCACCCAAAUUCAAAACCAACAUUGGCAAUGCAAAAUAUCUGCCUGAAAAGAAUACUGUUGUCUGGAAUAUAAAGUCCUUCCCAGGUGGUAAAGAAUAUUUGAUGCGAGCCCAUUUUGGGCUGCCCAGUGUUGAGAACGAGGAGCUGGAAGGUCGGCCACCCAUCUCGGUCCGAUUUGAAAUCCCCUACUUCACAGUCUCUGGGAUUCAGGUACGGUACAUGAAGAUCAUUGAAAAGAGUGGGUACCAGGCUCUGCCAUGGGUCCGCUAUAUCACCCAGAGUGGAGGUGCCUGUGCGGGCAUGCAGCCGGGAAAUGCCGAGAUCCGGGCUGGAGACCGGCUAACCGGAGCUGCUGCCCGGGGGGAUAUAACUGAAGUCCGACACCUUCUGCAUCUGGAACUGGUGCAUCCCGACUCCCAUAAUCGCUUUGGCAAGACCGCGCUGCAAGUGGCACUUACCCCCGACGAGAAUUGCUAGAAUGUUCAAGAAUAAAUCAGAAAAAUGUUGGAAAUGUCAUCAGAUACCGGGCUCAUAUUACCAUAUGUGGUGGAUGUGUACAGAAGCUAAAAGAUACUGGACUAAAAUCCACACAUGGAUGGAAAAAAUGACACAAAAACACAUAGACUUUAAACCAAAGAUUUUUUUAUUGGGGAUUGUACCUGAAAUAUACAAUAGAGAAUUGAGAUAUUUGAUUGUGAAUGUAUUAAUAGCGGCUAGAAUUGUGUUUGCUAAUAAUUGGAAAAAUGAGAAAAUGCCAACGCAAGACGAAGUUAUUAAGAAAAUAAUGGAAUGUGCAGAAAUUAGUAAAUUGACAUUUGAAAAUAGAGAACAAGAAGAUAAACAAUAUUAUAAGAUGGGAUUUAUUUUACCAACGGUUAGAUAAAAAGACAUGGAAAUGAAAUAUGGUAGAGAUUUUUCCAAUGCAAGAAAUGUAGAACUAUAUAAAAUACAAUAUAAAGAUGUACUGUUAUUGGAAUGAUUUAGAAGAAUGAAGAGCAUAAUACAAAUUAACUUAAAUCUUAGAUUAUUCUGCAUGAAAUGAGGGAAGAAAUAACCAUAGUUAAACAUAUGAUUAAUGAGGAUAAUAGUAUAUGGAUAUAUAUGAAUAGAGUGAAGAUGCACAAAAGAUUUGUAACCAACCGACACACUGUAUUUACAUUGAAGAUGGUUUUUUAUUUGUUUUUUAUAUAUUUGUUUAAAAAAAAAAUGUCAAAAAAAAAAACACCACGCCCCCUCCAGUCCGCAGAAAAACCUCUCCACAGAACUGGUCCCAGGUGGCCAAAAGGUUGGGCGCUGCUGUUCUAGUUGACAGAACUCUCUGCCCAAUACAUACAUUAUAGGCCUUGGUGAAUCCCUAGCAAAUUAGAGGGAGCUGUUCCCAUAGUCUUAAUACUACUUUUUAAAGAUUGCUACUGUAUAAGUUAUGAAAAUCAUAACUCAGAUUUCCUGCUUGUUAAUGUUUCAUUGGAAAGAGGAGACUUUUCAGUCUGUUGAGAUUGUACUGGGUUUGUGUUUCUAAUGCAGCCCUCAUAGUCCUGAGACACCAAAAUAGCAUAGCAGGACUACUUGAUGCUGGACAGAAAACUAUGGAAGGAACCUGUGGCUUAGAGAGUUGAACUUUAUCACCUAGAAUAAUGUCCCAGCUGCUAGGUGUGGCCUUCAGGGAUACAGAAAAGGAAGGAAGCUAAACAUUUUGUAAUACCAGCUUUCUGCCUGCUUGUCAAGAAUUGUAAGGAAUAGGGGAGGGCUUGGUGCAUCUAUAGAUGUACGCACAGAAGAGAUAGAAAUUUUUAAAAAUGAAACCUUAAACAGCUGAGCUUGUUUUGCAACUUGUUCUGAAACCUUGCCAAAUGCCUAGCAUCUACCAGGAAACCACGAACAGCUGAGAGUUGAGAACAUCAAAAAAUUUCAAUUGUAAGAAACAAGUCACUUGUUUCCUAAUGGAUGUACAGUACGUUUUGUUUCUUAAAGAAAAGCAAUUUUCAUAAAACAUGUUUACUACAUGUAAA